AUGGAUGUCAAGAGUCGAAGACAUUUACUUAAGAAUCGCCAAGCAUUGGAAAGAGACAUAAAGACCUCUUAUAUUAUGGAUCAUAUGAUUUCUGACGAAGUCCUAACUUUACAGGAGGAGGAGAGGGUGAAACAACAGAGUACACAGAAAGAGCGAGCAGCUAUGCUAAUCAACAUUAUUCUUACAAAAGAUAAUAAUUCGUAUAGAUCCUUUUAUAAUGCACUACUUCAUGAAGGGUACAGAGACCUUGCGGCGCUUCUUCAGGACGGCAUCCCUGCCCUCCCCUCUGGUGGUGGAAGGAGUUCAAUGGAUGGAAUGACUUCAUACGUAAAGACAGUUCUCUGUGAAGGAGGUGUACCACAGAGACCAGUUGUGUUUGUCGCCCGGCCAAAACUGGUAGAUGCCAUUAAAAAGAAACUGUGCUGCUUGGGAAGUGAUCCAGGCUGGGUCACAGUUUAUGGAAUGGCAGGUUGUGGGAAGACUGUUUUAACAGCAGAAGCUUUAAGGGAUCAUCAGCUCCUGGAAGAUUACUUUCCAGGAGGCGUUCACUGGAUCUCUGUUGGAAAACAGGACAAAGCAGGGCUCCUAAUAAAACUUCAGAACCUCUGCAGUAGAUUAGAGCAUGACUCCACUGUUUCACAAAGGCCACCACUUAACAUUGAGGAGGCGAAAGAUCGGCUUCGUUUACUGAUGCUACGUAAAUAUCCCAGGUGA